AUGCACGCCGCCGCUCUCCUCCUCCUCGCCUCUCGGUGCCGACCUGCGUGGUCGCCUGGUGCCCAACCCAGUGCUCACCGAGUGGAUCUCGACUAUGGCGCGAGCUCGACCCUGUUCCGCGUCGACGGGUCGUUUGAGCUGUUCGACGUUGCUCCCGGCCAGCACCUCAUCCGGCCCAUUGUGCCAGGCUAUGCCAUGUCCUCGCUCGUCGUGACUGUCCCCGCCGAAGCCGGGGAAGCGCUCCACGUCCAGUCCUUCUUCCCGGACCGCGCCAUCCUGCCCACCACCUCGCCUUCCCUCUCGUACCCGCUCGAAGUGGCCGCCAACGGUCCCGAGGACUACUUUACCCCGCCACCGGGCGUCAACCUCAUUGCCAUGUUCAAGUCGCCCAUGGUCAUGAUGAUGCUGUUUUCGGCCGUCAUGGCUAUCGCCCUGCCCAAGAUUACCGCGUCGAUGGAGGACGACCCCGAGGUCAAGGCCGAGAUGGACGCUCAGCGUAAGCGCAUGGCCAAGAGCAUGGACUGGAGCGGAUCGCUCUCGGGCAAGCUGGCGUCCGCUGGCUCCAACGAGGCCGGCAGCGGCUCGUCGACACCCGCGGCCGUGAAAGCCGCUCCUGCUCCUGCGAGGGGCGCGCAGAACAAGCGCGGCGGUAAGAGGAGGUAA